UCAACAACCAGAUCAACCUGUGGUGGAAGCCGAAAGAAACAAUAACUUGGAUAACGUAGGCCCACCUGAUUCAGAAUUAAUAGAUUGCGAAGAUUUGAAUACCAAUGAAAGAUAAAAAAAGACGAAGAGACAGCCAGAAAAUUGGCAAAAACAUGUGAAAAAAGGUUUGAAGAACACAGGAAAGUCUUACCAAACAUUUAAAGGAAGGACAAUACCCGCUAAAAAACUAAGAACUCCAUGUUCAACUGAUUGUCGAUUGAAAUGUACGGAAAUAUGAAAAUUAAAGUUAAUGAAGAAAAAAGGUUAAUCAUUUUCAACGAUUUCUGGGGCAUUGGGAUCUAGGAAGACAGCGUUACUUCGUUGAUAGUUGUAUGGGAGUUGUAAAGCCAAAGUAUUCACUACACAAAGACGAUAGUAAACGAUCCCUGAAUGUGUCAUACAGUUUUACAAUAAAUUCAGAGGAAAUUCGAGUAUGCAAACGAUUCUUCUCAGCAACAUUGGACAUAGGACAUUCUUUUUUAUCUACAGUGAACAAAAAGAAAGCAGGAGCAUCGGGCGUAAUAUCUGAAGAUCGUAGAGGACGUCAUGGUAAUACAGGUAGAUGUUUAGCACAGGCUGACAAAGAUGGUGUAAGGGAACAUAUAAAUUCUUAUCCAAGAAAAGAGUCGCAUUACUGUCGGGCAAGUUCUACAAAAGAAUACCUUGAUGGUGACUUAAACUUGACUCUGAUGUAUCGGCAGUACAAGGAAUGGUGCGUUCAGAAUAAUAAGCCUAUUAUCAAGCAAGGCACCUAUGAACACAUUUAUCGAAACGAGUUUAACAUUGCAUUUCACAAGCCCAAGAAGGAUCAGUGUUCAAUUUGUUUGUCGUAUCAAAAUGCUGUUGGCGAUGAUAAGUUGCAACUACAUCAGACUUAUGAGAAACAUUUAAAAGAAAAAGAUUUGUGCAGAUCGGAAAAGCAAACAGACAUAGAAACAUGCAGAAAUGAUGCUAAUAAGAUAGUUUGUUGUUAUGACAUGCAGGCAGUUCUGCCGACACCAUGCGGGAACGAUUCCCUCUUUUUUUAUAAAAGAAGACUAAAUGUGUACAACUGCACCGUAUUUGACGUUGUAUCAAAAGCUGCCUAUUGCUACCUGUGGAAUGAAUCAUUAGGAGGAAAGGGUUGCGAUGAAGUUGGGACAUGUAUUUACAAAUUUUUGAAAGACCACUGUGUUGGAAAAAAUGUUUUAUUCUACACUGACAAUUGUUCUGCACAGAAUAAAAAUAAAUAUUUACUAAGCCUCUACCACUAUGCUAUCAAAGUUUUGGGUGUUGUGUCAAUAACACACAAAUACUUAGUUGUUGGACACACCCAAAACGAAGGUGACAGCUUGCAUAGCACAAAAGAACGGGAGAAGAAACGAAUACUGCAAAAUGGAUCUAUUUUUGUGCCAACACAAUGGAAAUCGGUUAUACAAUGCGCCAAGAAGACUGGAACUCCAUACACAGUACAAGAAUUAGACUUCAGUGACAUUCUCGAUUUAAAGGACCUAGUAACGCAGUUUGGUAAAAACUUCACAGUUAAUAAUGACGGUGAUCGUGUUGUAUGGAACGACAUCAAAAAAUUCUUCAUGCAGAUGACUUCCUCAUACUUGAUUUUUUAUAACGACACCUAUGAUCCGAAUGCAACGAUGAAGUGCUUAAAUGUGCGCAACAAAACUAGAGGCAGAGGUGCUGCAAAUGUUGAACUACAUCUACGAAAUAAGUGCCACCAGCGACCAAAGAUAUCAAGCCUAAAGAAAAAAGACUUGCUUUCUUUAUGCGACUCCAAUGUCAAUCCAAGAGUACACCGAGAGUAUUACUCAAGUUUGGAGGCUGGAGACAAUCAUAUUGAGCCCGAUGAGCACAACGAAAACAAUUAAUUUAAAGCACCUUAUUGAUUUAAGAUAAAAAACUGUUCUCUUUUUAUUUUUUAAAUUUUAGAUAAACCAUUAAGAUUUCUAAAUUGAUUGUUUUUUUUUAAUUUCCUUACUAGCUUAAUUAGAAAUAUUCCAAUUAGUUCUUAGAUUUUCAGGAAAUUUUCAGUUCAUUAUUGGAACAUUUCACAAAAAUACUGAUAACUCAAAAACUACAAAUGACAUCCUAAAUCUUAGUAACACACAAUAAACUUGGCUAUAAUCUGCAUACUGUUCAAUAAAUACAAAAACACAAAAUGAUCUCUAGUUAAAGUAAAAUAACAUUUGAAUAUUUUCAAAAACUUUAAACCUCAAUUACUCAGAACAGCAUCAUUUUGAAAUGUUCCACUACUGUUUCCGACCGACGAUAUAUUCGUUUCGCUCCUUGGGAAAUAUGUUAAUUCUACAAUUAACAUUUCGUUUAUAGUGGUAUUUUUUCCAUUAAGUUGAUUGAUUCGAUUCUGUACACCGAUGACCUAUGUCUCGAUGUAUCCGGUAAGCGAGUAGGUUUGUCACCGCAUUGGUAGGCGUCCCUCCUUUUGUCCUGAAGCCUCGACAGCAUCAACAUGUCUUGGAAAUGAUCUUAUCAUUUUUGCAGAAAAGGGUUAAGCUGCUUCGCUUUGGCACAGCUUAAAUAAGACCGGGCAGGCCCGGCCCAACGAGUGGACCGGGUGACGCGCCUCAGGGGGACUGCGCUAGGGUACUAGGCAGUCCCCAGACGUGGUGGCCUAUGCCGGAGCGGCACCUAGGACGCGCGGCUGGUCAGGCCGCUCCCAGACCACCUUAGGGCCGUCGAAGACCGGCAGUCACCGCUGCCUGCCUUCUUCAGCCCACCCGUCUACGCCAGAGAGGGGCGGCUAGAGCGUCCUCCCCCCGCUCCCUCUCCGCUGCCUCCUUCUGCGUCAUCACCGAUUCGCAGGAGGCGGCAACCCUCCAGGCUCUCUCGCUACCAAGCAUGGCUCUUACCAUACUUGGCAGCGUGAGGCCUCCUCCGCCGAGCGCCGCGGCGCUCAUCUCGGCCGUGUCGUCGGGAGAGGCGCAGUGAUGACACCGCGGCGUCUCCUCCCUACGGGCGACUCGGUGCAGGUAGUGACCGAAGCAUAAGAUCUUUUUUUUUUUAAAUUUUGAAUGUUCACACCGUGAUGACCUAAACCACAAUCUCAGCCUGAUGAUGCUUCGAUCCACGAGGGUCUAGACACGUGGACUCAAGCCAGGGCUGUUGCCUGUGCACCCGGGGGUUAAAAAGCUGCCCAUUGCCUUGUCAAUACCAUCGUCCAAGGGGAUGUGACCAUCUUGUGUCCGGAGCGCCCGUUGAUGUGGGGAUACCGCAUGGACAGUUUAACUGGAUAAACCGGGUAAUAUUAACACAUUUUGUAAACCCAUUUGAUGUAAGAUUAACAUUUAACUGAAUUAAAUUUGAUAUCCUUUGGCAAGUAAUUUGUAUUAGCAUACUUUGAUACCAUGAAAUAAAUGGAUGUGAACAUUUAAUGUGUGGACAUUUUCAUUUCAUCUGAAAUCGUUUGUUACUGUGUGCAUGGCGCCUCAUAAAUAAGUUUUGCACACAGUACUUCAGGCACGGUCUUAAUAAAACCCGCUCCCUAUUAACUUGCUCAACAUCUAGCCGACUGUUGCAAAUUAGCCGUAGCCAGGAAAAAACCAUUACAUUAACAGUGUUUUUGUUUAUGUAUCAUGGUAGAUCCGGCUAUGAUUUUUAUUAGUUUAUUAUUUGAUCCUUUUGCUUACAAUAACUAUCAAAAUCUUAUCCGGAAACGUUCGGAUAAAAACAGUUUUCAGGGAUUAAAGAUGUUUAAAAAAAUCGCUUAAAAUUGGAAAUGUUUUUUAGCGACUUCUAACAUAGUAUUUGUUUGUUUUAGGUAGAGAAGGUUAGGAGUAAGGAUUGUGACCCGACAGUACUUGUUUGACCGCAUGAAGAAGGAAAAUUUGCCUAAAUUGGAUGCCAAACUAAAUCAUCUAAAAGAUCAACUUUUGCCAAGUGAAGGUUACAAUGAAGACCAAAUUGUUAAUUUAAAACGUAGUUUUGCCCAUUUCAAAUCAGAAAUCAAACAAAGGUGGACGAAUGCUCAUCAUAAAGAAGAUAAUUUUAUAAAAUAUAACCAGUCUUGGCUGGAGGGUACUUUUGAAAUACCUGUUGCUAAGACUUUACAAAAACGGCCAGGUCGACCAUCGAAGUCGUUCGAAGACGCAAGUGAGAGGAGCAAAAGGCGAAAGACUGAAGAACUCAUAUCAUAAUACAUGCUGCGCAGCAAGAACUCGGAAAAUCUAAUAAAAAAGAUGCAUCAAAUGUCCUAAAAGAUAUCACCAGUACUCCGACAAGAGCAACCAAAUAUAAAAAAGCAUUUCAUCUUACGAAAUCCAGUAAACAGCAACCCUCCUUGACAAGCUUUGCAAAUGUUUGUAGAUGCCGAUUUGAGACAAGGACAGUACGAAAUUAUAAGAAAGACUAAUAAGAAGUUUUUUCCGUGCUAUAGCGCCUUGCAAAAAGCCAAGAAGAAAUGUUACCCACCUCAAGAAUCUUUUACAAUAACGAGUACCAGUGCGGAAGCUCAGUUACAGCCUCUAAUAGAUGUAAUCGUAUGGCGCUUAUCGGAGUACCUUGAAGAGGUAUUAAUAAACUUAAAGGAGAAAGAGCGUGAAUGCUUAACUAAAUAGGGCUGCGAUGGGUCCCAACAAUCACAGUUUAAGCAAAAACUAGAAAGUGAUACUGAUACUGACUCAAACAUAUUUCAAAGCUGCUUCGUGCCUAUUCAAUUAGUUAGUGGAAAUAAUAAUGAAAAAGUCCUAUGGAAUAAUCAAACACCCUCUUCGCCCCGAUUUUGUCGACCAAUAAGAUUCCGGGGUUCGUCAAGGAAACUAGUGAUGUCACCGAAGAGGAAAUAAGACACGUAAAAAACGCUAUCAGCUCUUUAGUCCCAACAGAGGUCGACAUAUCAGGGAAAAAGUUUUUAAUUAAGCACACUUUUAUAAUGACCAUGGUAGACGGAAAAGUGUGCAAUGCAGCUACAGGCACAAAGUCUACUAGUAGAUGCUACAUAAUGUGGAGCGACCUCGAAAGAUUUUAAUAAAUUGGACUUUACAAGAGAGGUGAAUUUUGCAGCCCUUGAAUUCGGCAUAUCAGUGUUACACGCAAGAAUUGGAAUUUUUAAAAGUAUCCUUCAUUUAGCGUACAAACUUAAAGUGAAAAAAUAUAGAGAAAGUAAAUCAAAAGAGGAGAAAGAUCUAGAAGAACAAACCAAAAGAGAAAUACAAGCAAGGUUUCGCUCUGAAACAGGUCUGAUAAUAGAUAUGCCUAAAUCAAAUUUCGGAAAUACAAAUGAUGGCAAUACUAGCAGAAGGUUCUUUGAGAACCCGAAAUUAGCCUCAGAAAUAACUGGUAUCAGUUAUGAAUUAAUUUAUAGACUGAAAGUCAUAUUGGAGGCA